AUGGCAGCUUUGCCUGAGGAUGGCCUUCAGAUCAAACUAGUUAUCAAAUUCCCUUGUUCAGAUAGCUCCAUCCCAUCAUCUGUGAAUAAGUCUCUUUCUCGUCUGCAGUUAGGUGACCCGAAUGUACAGCCAUGUAUUAUCACUGGCCCACGGCCUGGGACCAGCUCCAUGGCUGAGUGUGCUGGAGAAGACAAUUGGGUUGAUAGUCGGACCAUUUAUGUCGGACAUAAGGAACCCCCUCCAGGUGCUGCUGAAGCAUACAAUCCACAGAAAUACCCAGAUAAUAGAAUAGUCUCUUCCAAGUACACAUUUUGGAACUUCAUUCCCAAGAAUUUGUUUGAGCAGUUCAGAAGAAUAGCCAAUUUUUAUUUUCUUAUCAUCUUUCUGGUACAGUUGAUUAUUGAUACACCCACAAGUCCAAUCACAAGUGGACUUCCUCUGUUCUUUGUCAUUAUUGUCACAGCUGUCAAACAGGGUUAUGAAGACUGGCUUCGACAUAAAGCAGACAGUGCAAUGAACCAGUGCCCCGUUCAUUUUAUUCAGCAUGGCAAACUUGUUCGAAAGCAAAGUCGGAAAUUAAGAGUUGGAGAUGUUGUGAUGGUAAAAGAAGGCGAAACCUUUCCAUGUGACUUAAUAUUUCUUUCUAGUAGCAGAGAAGAUGGGACAUGUUUUGUUACAACAGCCAGCUUGGAUGGUGAAUCAAGUCAUAAAACAUAUUAUGCAGUUCAAGAAACGAAGGGAUUUCAAACAGCAGAAGAUAUAGACAGCUUACAUGCUACUGUUGAAUGUGAACAACCUCAGCCUGACCUCUACAGAUUUGUUGGUCGCAUAACUGUUUACCGGGGAAGAAGUGAACCUAUUGUGAGGUCGUUAGGAUCUGAAAACCUGCUUCUUAGGGGAGCCUCACUAAAGAACACGGAGAAAAUCUUUGGUGUGGCUAUAUAUACUGGCAUGGAAUCAAAGAUGGCAUUAAAUUACCAAUCAAAGUCACAGAAACGAUCUGCUGUAGAAAAAUCAAUGAAUGUAUUCCUUGUUGUGUACCUCUGUAUCUUAAUCAGUAAAGCAGUGAUAAACACUGUCCUGAAAUAUGCGUGGGAGAGUGACCCAUUUCAAGAUGAGCCUUGGUUUAAUCAGAAGACAGAAUCAGAGAGACAGAGAAACAGGUUUCUCAAAGCUUUCACAGACUUCCUUGCUUUUAUGGUACUUUUUAACUACAUUAUUCCAGUCUCCAUGUAUGUCACAGUUGAAAUGCAGAAAUUUCUUGGCUCCUAUUUUCUCUCCUGGGACGAAGAAAUGAUUGAUGAAGAAACAGGUGAAGGACCUUUAGUUAACACCUCUGACCUAAAUGAAGAAUUAGGACAGGUGGAAUAUGUCUUCACAGAUAAAACCGGCACAUUGACAGAAAACAAUAUGGAAUUCAUAGAAUGUUGCAUUGAAGGCAAUGUCUAUGUGCCUCAUGUCAUCUGCAAUGGCCAAAUCCUCCCUGACUCUGGAGGCAUUGACAUGAUUGAUUCUUCUCCUGGAGUGAGUGGAAAGGAAAGAGAAGAACUAUUUUUUCGGGCUGUCUGUCUAUGCCACACAGUUCAAGUAAAAGAUGAUGUUGCUGUAGAUGGAACCAAAAUGUCACCUGAUUCAUCGAAAUCUUGCAUAUACAUUUCAUCAUCACCAGAUGAAGUAGCAUUAGUUGAAGGCAUUCAAAGGCUUGGUUUCACAUACUUAAGGCUGAAAGACAACUACAUGGAGAUAUUAAAUAGAGAAAAUGAUGUUGAAAGGUUUGAAUUAUUACAGACUUUGAAUUUUGAUUCAGUGAGGAGAAGAAUGAGCGUGAUUGUAAAAUCUCCUGCAGGGGAUAUUUUUCUGUUUUGCAAGGGAGCAGAUUCUUCAAUAUUUCCAAGAGUAACAGAAGGCAAAAUAGAACAAGUACGAUCCAGAGUGGAACGCAAUGCAGUGGAAGGACUUCGAACUCUUUGUAUUGCCUAUAAAAAACUCACCCAGGAAGAGUAUGAUGAAGUUUGUGAAAUUCUACAGGCAGCACAAGUGGCACUUCAGGAACGGGAAAGGAAAUUGGCGGAGGCAUUUGAGAAAAUCGAGACAGAUCUUAUUCUGCUUGGUGCUACAGCUGUGGAGGACCGCCUCCAAGAGAAAGCUGCAGACACUAUCGAAUCCCUCCAGAAAGCAGGCAUCAAAGUUUGGGUUCUCACUGGAGACAAGAUGGAGACAGCAUCAGCCACCUGCUAUGCCUGCAAGCUUUUCAGGAGAAACACCCAACUGCUUGAGCUGACCACCAAGAAGAUUGAAGAGCAGAGCCUGCAUGAUGUGCUCUUGGAACUGAGUAAGACCGUCCUGAGCUACAGCAGCAAUAGUGUGUCCAGGGACAGUUUCUCAGGACUUUCAAAUGAGAUACAAGAUUAUGGUUUAAUUAUUGAUGGUGCUGCAUUGUCAUUAAUAAUGAAGCCCCGCCAACCUGGAAACUACCGAGAGCUCUUCCUAGAUAUCUGCAGGAACUGUAGUGCCGUGCUCUGUUGUCGGAUGGCCCCUCUGCAGAAGGCACAGAUCGUUAAAUUGAUUAAACUUUCCAAGGAGCACCCUAUUACUCUUGCCAUUGGGGAUGGUGCGAAUGAUGUCAGCAUGAUUCUAGAAGCACACGUAGGCAUAGGUGUCUUUGGAAAAGAAGGUCGCCAAGCUGCAAGGAACAGUGACUAUGCAAUUCCGAAAUUUAAACACUUAAAGAAGAUUCUCCUUGUCCAUGGACAUUUUUAUUACAUUAGGAUAGCUGAACUUGUGCAAUACUUCUUUUAUAAGAAUGUCUGCUUCAUUUUCCCUCAGUUUUUAUACCAGUUCUUCUGUGGAUUUUCACAACAGCCUUUAUAUGAUACAGCGUAUCUGACGCUGUACAAUAUCAGUUUCACUUCCCUCCCCAUCCUCAUGUACAGUCUGUUGGAGCAACACGUCUCCAGUGACAUGCUCAAGAGAGACCCUUCACUGUACAGGGAUAUUGCCAAGAAUGCUCUACUCCGCUGGCGAAUGUUCAUUUAUUGGACAUUCUUAGGCGUAUUUGAUGCUCUGGUAUUUUUCUUUGGUGCUUAUUUGAUGAUUGAAAACACAUCAAUGACCAUCAAUGGACAGGUAUUUGGAAACUGGACCUUUGGAACUCUGGUGUUCACCGUGUUGCUAUUUACAGUUACAUUUAAGCUUGCUCUCGAUACACGCUACUGGACUUGGAUAAAUCAUUUUGUUGUUUGGGGAUCCCUGAUAUUCUACAUUGUCUUUUCUCUGCUCUGGGGAGGAAUUAUCUGGCCUUUUCUCAGUUAUCAGAGGAUGUACUUUGUGUUCAUGCAGAUGCUAUCUAGUGGUCCUGCAUGGAUGACCAUCAUUCUGUUAAUAAUUGUGAGCCUUCUUCCAGAUAUUCUCAAAAAGGUUCUGUGCAGGCAUUUGUGGCCUACAGCAACAGAAAGAACUCAGAAUUCUCCAAGGCAGUGUCAGGACCAUGUUUCAGAAUUCACCCCUCUCGCCUCUCUACAAAGUCCAAGCUAUCGAAGCAACGAGCUCACCAGUUCCCCGGCCACAAAGUCUCAUUCUCAUUCUCAAAAAGUGAUGCUGACGUACUGGAACAGUCAUGAUUAUUCAGUUCUCCCGCUUGGGUUUAAUUUUUCCAAUAACUGUUGCAAGUCCAGUGCAAGAAACUGCUACCAUGGGUCAGGUUUGGAAACGCCCGUAUGACAGAUCACCAAUUCAAGCCUUUAAAGAACAGCAUUUUUGAAUGUGUGUGUAUAUGUGUGUGUGUGCAUGUACCUACGCAUAUGUGUGUAGGGGUGUGUGAGAGAGUGUGUGUGUGUGUGUGUGUGUAUUCUGUUUCCAGAAGAGGGAACAAAUACAUAAUAAAACUUAAAACUAAAAAGUACUUGGCUCUCACUGUCUGGAGUCAUGAAUAGACAGACAGAACUGAGAGCUUGAGAAGUCUUAAGUCCUUCCAGGCCUGGUGGCCUCUUCAAAAAAAAACAACAAAAAAAAUUUUUUUGAACUGCUAAAGCAAUGAACAUCUUACACAGUCUGGUACUG